AUGGGCUUGAGUGACACUUACUUCCAGACUAGGAGCAGUAUCCUCAUGCUCAAGCCUUUUUCUUCUAUGAGUGUUGUGUAUGGUAUGCUGUUGUCUGAUGAAAAACAGAGACAAGUUUCCUCCUCUUCACAAUUUUCUUCCAAUGCUACUUCUUUUCAUGCUAGUAGUUCUCAACAGAAUUUCUCUCCAAAGUUUAAUUUUGAUGUGUCCAACCAAAACCAAACUAUUCCCUCAAAGGUGAAUUUUGAUCCUGCAACCCUCAUUUGCAAAUAUUGCAAGAGAACUAGGUGUAACAGGUUUCCCCCUAACUUCAAAUUCACCAAGAACACUAGAAAGAAUGGUGCACCUAUUAAUUCUCCAGUGGCUGCUCAAGUUCAAGUUGACCCAACUCAGGCUCAGUCUUCUAGUGCAUCUACUGCUAUUGAGGCACUUGAUGGUGCUUCUUCAAUACCUGGAUUGUCCAAGGAACAGUCCAACCAGUCGAGCUCACUAGUUCAGCAGGGACUGCUUUCUUUUGAUCCAUUUGGAAAUCCACACUUCUUUGCUUCAGCAAAAUUUGUUGGUAAGUUUCCUGGUCCUAGUGUGCUGCUCAAAUCAUAUAUGCUGUCUCAAGUAGCUUCUUUUAUUUGGAUAAUAGAUUCUGGGGCAACUGAUCAAAUGACAUUCCACAAAAACCUUCUUUUAAAUAUUCAAUCUCUUACUAUACCUUAUCUUGUAUCUUUGCCUAAUGGAUAUAUGGUUAAGGUGAACUUUGUUGGCUCUAUGACUUUAUUUCCAGACCUAGGCCCUUCUUUGAAGAAGCCUCUGGUUCUUGGUAAUAUGGACAAGGGCCUCUACAAGCUGAUUCUACCCUCAUCUGCUUCCACUUGUGAUUCUUUUCCUACUUCUAUGGUCUCUUAUAGUAAUAAUGUUGAUGUUGUUUCUGAUGUUAGUACUGUUUCUGUUUCUUUUUCUGAUGUAUGUGCUAUUUCAAAUUCUACUAUUGAUGAAGAUGAUGUUCUUGUUACUUUUGUUUCAAAUUUUAAUAAACAAGAUGUAGUUUGGCAUUACAGGCUAGGUCAUAUUCCUUUUUCAAGAAUGAAAGCUAUACCUUCACUUAAUGAUUUUUCUAGAGCUACUUGGACUCACUUAAUGGGGGCUAAAAGUAAUGCCUUUGACUUGUUGAAAUCUUUUAUUUCCAUGACCGAGACACAAUUUGAACUAAAAGUCCAAACUGUUAGAAGUGACAAUGCUCUAGAGUUAGGUUCUAGUAUUGCUGGUUCCACUUUCUUUUCUGACAAAGAAACUGCUAGGGCUUUACUAUUUCAAUCUGCUCUCCCUGCUAAGUUCUGGGGAGAUUGUAUUUUAACUGAUAUCUAUCUGAUAAAUAGAUUCCUUUCUAGUUUGCUUCAUAACAAAAGUCCUUAUGAAAUCCUGUAUAACAAACAACCACAGUAUUCUCACCUCAAGGAUUUUGGGUGCCUUUGCUAUUGUACUAUACCUAGACCUCAAAUGGAUAAAUUUCAACCUAAAGCCACUCCAUGCAUUUUUCUUGGCUAUCCUUUUGCUAAGAAAGGAUACAUAGUGUAUAGUUUGACCUCUAAGUUGACUUUUGUCUCCAGGGAUAUUGUGUUCCAUGAGCACAUCUUUUCUUUUGCUCUAAACUCUACUUCCACUCCUUCUAUUUUACCUUCUUCUUUGUCUCUUUAUUUUGCUGAUCCUGUCCCUGUUCCAUCUCAUUCCCCUAUACCACCUUCUGCUCUUGAUUCUCUUUCCAGUUCCACUUCCAAUUUCCCUUCUACUGAUCCCCAACCUCCCCCAUUACCUAAUCCUUCACCUAUUUCAUCACCUUAUCCUGCACAACCUGUCCAUCCACCGCCUCCACCUGAGCUACCUCCUGUUUCUACUAGAUCUUCAUCUAGGAUUCACAAAAGACCCAAUUAUCUUGAUAGUUAUGAUUGUCAUUACUUUGGGUCUGCUCCUUCCUCUACUUCUGGCCAGCAUUAUGUUUUUGAGCCUCACACUUAUUCUCAAGCAGCCUCAGUCCCUGAAUGGAAGUUUCUAUGA